AAACUGAAGACUUUUGGAGUAUUCUGCUCAAAAGGGACGUUUAACAAACCACUCUCCUGUCUCUGAUCCAGAAGGGAACCAGUUAAACAAGUAAAAUGCAUAUAUAUAGAUAAAAACACUGCUGCUGUUUUAAACGGGAGCUGCUUUCCCAUUGUGCUGCUUGCUCUUAGAAUGAAAGCAGUUAGAUUUGCUAUCCCUGCUUUCCAAUAAACUAUAACUGAAAGAAAGCAGUAGCUGAAUACAGUGACACAAGCCAUUCAUAAGUAAUCCCUGUAGUACUGCAGAAGUUGAAUUGAGACUUAAAAACGGAAAUUACCUCAAGUCUGCAAAAUAUGACUAUCUCAUUUCAUAGCAUUGAUAUAUUUUUUUUUAUGCUCACAAAACCAUUGCAUGCUCACUUUCACAAAUUACUGACAUGACUGGCAGCUUGUUUGGUUCAUCCGUAGGAAGCUUUUCCUUAACGCUGUUGAAAUAGAGCAGCCGGGGUGGGUGGGUGGGGGUGGGUGUUGGAAUCAAGCUUCUCACCUUCACAGCGGCACAGGGAAAUUUGUAAAGGCAACUCAAAGCCGGGGAGCAAAAAUAUCCUAUUUUUAUGUACGAGGUGCAUCCAUCCCUGUUAUGCACAGGGAUUAGCGUGCAUCCAUCCCUGUUUACGCACAGGGAUUGCUUGAAAAGGCUUGAGGUUUUGCUUGCUGAAGCUGGCAGUUCCACUGCACUAUCGGCUCCACCUCCUCGUUUUGCAACCGGGCCUCGUACAUGUAAACCUUUAAGCAAUUUAUAUGUACACCCGUAGUUAAAAACCCUCCGUAUCGGCCCAUUUCGUGCUCACAAACGCCCGGACCGUAAGGGGAAAGGCGCUCGGCCGCGGCAGGAAGCAGAUCCCGCCCGGGCGCAGUUCCCAAGAGCCCUCGGUGGGGACUGGAACGGGAACGGGGCAGGUUCUGGAUGUAGGAAAUAUGAAUGACUGGCAGAAGAAGAGCCCUCUAGACUGGGAAACAUAUGUGAACAAAUUGGUGAAAGUUGUUGCAAUUGAGAAACACGAAUACGAAGGAUGGGUUUUAACAGUUGAUCCAGUUUCUGCCAGCAUUGUCCUUGCAGCAUUCCCGGAGAAUGAAAAGGUGUCCAUUUCAGUUGUCAUGGGCCAUGCUGUCCAAGAGGUCGAAAUACUGAAAGAAGGGGACAGUGAGAUGAAGCAACGCCUUUCUCUCAUAUUUGCGCCCAAAGAAAGCAAAGCCUACAGCCCAGAGGAACUGGAGAAGAGGAAGAAUGACUUGAAGACGUGGCUGGAAACAAACCACAUCCCUGUGACAGAGCAAGGGGAGUUGGGCAGGACACUGUGUGUGGCAGGGGUGUUAACGAUUGACCCCCCGUACGGCCCCGAGCAGUGCAGCAGCUCCAACGAGAUCAUCCUGUCCCGGGUUCAAGGUUUGGUACAGGGUUAUCUGGAGAAACAGCAGUGAUGUCUGCUGUUUAAAGUAUUUGUCUUUAGGGAAGGGUCUACCUGCCGUGUUUUAGGAACUGUGCUGGGUAUCAGUAUUCACUGUUUGCAAAAAUGCUGGGUUUAGAUACUUUUGUCUGAUUUUUUUUUGUACAUAAAGAAAGGGAUAAAACAAGCAGUAUAAACCAAAAGCACAAGCAUUUUUCAUGCACUAUUUUUUAUUAAAAGCGAGCCAUUAGGUAAUGAUGCUGUAUUAAACUGAUUUAUCACUUGAUAUAUCAGUUUAGUAUUUUUGUAACAGUAUUGUGAAAGGUGAUAUACAAGAAAUUUAAACUGUGUUUUCCUCUGCCUUUAAAAUUAGUUUGAUUAAUUAUCUAGUGGUGUAGGCAUGUUUAUUUGAACUGCUUACCAGAUUAUUUUUUUUCUUUUUUUUAGAAAGAGAAUUGUGACUCUUGGACUUCCAAACCAGAUUUUAAAAAGUUAGUUCAGAAAGCUGUUUUAUUUUUUGUUUUGUUGUUGUAGUUGGUUAAUUGUUGUUUGUUUUCCUCACAACUGUUCUCCUGGUUUAGAACAUGAAUUAUGAUGUUGCCCAAAUUUGUACAAUUAUUAGGGAAGGUUAGCAGGCAAAUUGCAAGUUUUAAAACCACUUAAAAGCAUUCCCUAUCUAUAUUUGUUAUUUUAGAGCAGCAGCGAUUGGAAAAUCAGUGUUCUGUAAAAUGAGAAUGUCUUGCAAUUCA